CAUAGACUUCAAAGGAUUCGCAAGCAUGCUGAUAGUGUCGAUUCUAUCCAAUAUCUGAUACAUGGUUGUAUUUCUAUUCUUGCAGCUUGAGUUUGGCAGAUAUGGCAUCAGACUAUCCACUUUUGGAUUCAUAUUUGCAAUGUUUUCGGCUGCCUCAAUGAUUGGUUCUUUGUUGGUCGGCAAAAUAAUGAUUGUGUUUGGUAGAAAGAUCAUAUUGCUACUUGGAAUAUUCAUCAUGGGCUUUGAAUGGCACUUUUCUCAACAAUAAGUUAUCUUGAGGUUCCAUCAUUAGUUGUAUUCUUUUGCCUUGUGUCAAGAUUCGUACAAGGGUUUACUUCAAGUAUGAUCCAGACGACUUGAUACUCAAUUAUCUCUGUGAUUUACAAAGAAAAGAAGCAGCAGUACAUGGGAUACUACGAAGGGUCUCAAGGAUUCGGAUGGGCGAUAGGUCCAGCUAUCGGAGCCAUUCUUUACUCACUCUUCGGAUUUCAUUGGACGUUUUAUAUUCUUGGGAGUUCUAUGAUUUUGACGUGCCUCCUAAUGUACAUUCAAAUUCCAAACGAUAUUAAUGAAAAUGAUAACUUAGAGCAAAGUAUGAUAGAUGAAGGAGUUAACCAAGUUGACAAGUCUUCGUCAAUCGUCAAAGCAACCUAUUCAGAGUUAUUUAAAAUGAAAGUAUUUACAUUAUCUGCUGUUUGUGCAGGACCAUCUUAUUAUUCGUACUGUUAUUUUGAGCCAGUGCUUCCUACAAGAUUACAAUAUUUUAAUAUUUCUACUGCUGAAAUCUUCCUGUUUUUCUGUAUAUACCCAACAGGCUACUUAACUUCAAGCUGGUUCCUCUCAUUCUUCACUGAUAGAUACUAUUCGAAGACUCUUAUUUUGCAACAAUUUUUAUCUGAGGAUUAG